CAAGAAAGGGGUCAAGAGAAGAAAGAAAAAGAGAGGGAAGCCUCAUUAAAUACCACCCAGGCGGAAAGGACAAUCGUGUUACAAAGCAGAAACGGGAGCCCGGCGAUGCCGCUGUUACACCGAAAGCCCUUCGAGAGGGAGAAACCCCCCGCUGACCUGCGACCCGACGAGCACGUCUUCUACUACAAGAUCACCAACGAGAUCUUCAGGGAUUAUGAUGACUUUUUUGAACGAACCAUUCUGUGUAAUAGCCUUGUAUGGAGUUGUGCUGUCACAGGUAAACCUGGACUCACCUAUCAAGAAGCACUAGAAUCUGAAAAGAAAGCCAGACAAAAUCUGCAAAAUUUUCCAGAGCCACUUAUUGUUCCAGUCCUAUACUUAGUUACACUCACUCAACGCCCACGACUUCAUGAAGCUUGUGAUGACAUCUUUGAUUAUGUGAAGAACCGUUAUUUUGUUGGUGAAAUUGUCGAAGUACGUAGGAAUAAUGGUGAAAGGUUGCAUUGUAAGAUUUUGGAAGUUAAAGCACCCUUACAUCAGAAUGGAAUGGUUAAUGGCCAUGACAAUAGUGCAGAUGGAGUCACCAUUGUCAUUAGUGAUAGUGACGAUUCAGAUUUGGAUACCAGUUCUGCACAAAAUGGGAAGGAAAAAGCCAUAAUUGAUCCCUCUUUGUUCAAGUACAAAGUGAAGCCUAUUAAAAAACAACUGUAUGAAUCUGUAACAGUGAAAGCAUCUCAGAUAUGCCGGAAGAAACAACUUUUUUCUCGUGACAGACUUAAGCUGUUUUUGAAGCAACACUGUGAAUCACAUGAUGGUAUUGUUAAAAUUAAGGCAAUAUCAAUUGCAAAAUACAAGAUAACAGACCAGAAUUUUUCCUACCUUUUUCCUGAUGAUCCACCUACUUUUGUCUUCAGUCCUUCAAACAGGCGACGAAGGAGGCCUCCAACUAUGGCAUCUGAUGGCCAUGAGGAUUGGGUUGCAGAAGAACGGUUUAGUCCUAGAAAUGUAAGCAGUGCAGCAAAAGAAAGGGCAAGACUCCAAAAGGAAAAAGAAGAAAUGACCAUGGAAAAAUUAAAAAGGGAGAAGGCAAAUGCUGUAGAAUCCAGAAAGAGAGAGAGAGAAGAUAAGGAAAAAAGGAAGGAAGAACUAAAGAAGAUUAUGGAAGAAGAAAGGCUAAAGAAGAAAGAAGAGAGGGAGCGACUCAAAAUAGAAAAAGAAAAGGAAAGAGAGAAACUACGUGAAGAAAAAAGAAAAUAUCUUGAACAUCUAAAACAAUGGAGUAAGCGUAGAGAAGACAUGGAAUGUGAUGAUCUUAAGGAACUUCCAGUUCCAACUCCAGUGAAAACUAGACUACCUCCUGAGAUCUUUGGCGAUGCUGUCAUGGUCUUGGAGUUUCUCCAUGCUUUUGGAGAACUCUUUGAUCUUCAAGAUGAAUUUCCUGAUGGAGUGACUUUAGAGGUUUUAGAGGAAGCUCUUGUAGGAAAUGACAGUGAAGGCCCACUAUGUGAAUUGCUGUUUUUCUUCCUGACUGCCAUUUUUCAAGCCAUGGCUGAAGAAGAAGAAGAAGUGGCCAAAGACCAAAUAGCUGAUGCUGAGACCAAAGAUUUAACAGAGGCUUUGGAUGAAGAUGCAGACCCCACAAAAUCUGCACUAUCUGCAGUUGCAACUUUGGCAGCUGCCUGGCCCCAGUUACAUCAGGGUUGCAAUCUGAAAAACUUGGAUCUUGAUAGCUGCACCCUCUCUGAGAUUCUCAGACUUCAUAUCUUAGCAUCAGGUGCAGAUGUAACAUCAGCCAAUGCUAAAUAUCGUUACCAGAAGCGAGGAGGAUUUGAUGCUACAGAUGAUGCUUGUAUGGAGCUAAGAUUAAGCAAUCCUGGGUUGUUGAAGAAACUCUCAUAUACCUCAGUAUAUGAUUUAUCAUCGGGGGAGAAGAUGAGGAUUCUUCAUGCUCUUUGUGGGAAGCUUCUGACUCUUGUUUCUACUCGGGACUUCAUUGAGGACUCUGUUGAUGUGUUGCGACAGGCAAAACAGGAAUUCAGAGAGUUAAAAGCAGAGCAGCAUCGCAGAGAAAGAGUAGCUGCAGCAGCAAGAAUCCGCAAGAAAAAAGAAGAAAGAUUAAAAGGGCAAGAACAAAAGAUGAAAGAGAAACAGGAGAAAUUAAAAGAAGAGCAGAAAAACCCUGCAACUGAAGUAUCUGUUGGGGAGGAGGAACGGGAAGAGCUUGAUACAAGUACAGAGAGCAAAGAUGCUGACACAAAGGAGCAAGACCAAGAAACUAUCACUGAUGAUGAAGAUGACUUAGUACCAAACAAAAAGAGAAGAGGAGGAAGAAGAGGAGAGAAUGGCUUUAAAGAUCUUACAAGGCAAGUAGAGACUGCUGGUGAAAAGUGUGAGCUGCUUACUCCAGAGGAGGAGGAAGCUUUGAAAGAGGAGCAGCAAGCUAAAGAAAGGGAACUCACUGACAAGAUUCAGAAAGCCACAGCCUGUACCAAUAUCUCUCCUUUGGGCCGUGACCGCCUAUACCGACGUUACUGGCUUUUCCCAUCUGUUCCGGGAUUAUUUGUGGAAGAAGAUUAUUCUGGUCUUACAGAAGACAUGUUAUUGCCUCGGCCAUCUUCAUUUCAAAAUAAUGUACAGUGUCAUAUUUCAGAUAAAUCUCAGAGAGCCGCUAAAACUGGAGAGUCUUUGAAGACAGAAUCUACCUCUAACAUUCACCAAGAUUUGGAUGGUAGUGCUACUGUACAGGUGUCACAGCCAAUACUUAAGCCAAACCGGUGGUGCUUUUACAGUUCUCAGGACCAACUGGACCAACUUUUAAUGGCUCUUAAUUCCCGAGGAUACAGGGAGAGUGCCUUAAAGGACAUUCUUUUGCAGGAGAAAAACAGAAUAUGUGAACAACUGAAAAGUUUUCAUAUAGAAAAAUUUCAUUUUUCAGAGAAACUUCAGAAUGAAAGCAAGCCGCAUCCAGGACGGGGGAAAACACAAGCUGCAACUGAUGUAGCUCUAACGUCUGCAGAAAAGCAGCUUGAAUUGAGGCUCAGAGACUUUCUUUUAGACAUUGAAGACAGAAUCUUCCAAGGAACUUUGGGCUCCAUUAAGGUAACAGAUAGGCAAACUUGGAGGACAGCCUUAGAAAAUGGGCAAUAUGAGCUGCUAAAUGAGGAGAAUAAAGAAAAUGGCAUCAUAAAAUCUGUGACUGAAGAUGGAGAGAUGGAGAUAGAUGAUCAAGCCAGAGUCAUUGCAAAAGACAGAUUGAUUGGAUUAAAACUUGAACCUCGAAGCACUGCUUCAACUAAUACAAGCACUCCACAGCCCGUGAAUAAUGCGGUUCAUUACUUAGCAUCGGCACUGCUUCAAAUACAGCAAGGCAUUGAACGCAAAUUCCUCAAAGCCCCACUUGACACCAGCGAUGGGGGCCGCUUGCAUAAAACAGUCCUGGAUCGCUGGAGAGAGUCACUGCUUUCUUCGGCUAGCCUGUCACAAAUCUUCCUUCAUCUUUCAACACUGGAACGAAGUGUAAUCUGGUCUAAAUCCAUCUUGAAUGCACGCUGCAAAAUGUGCCGAAAGAAAGGAGAUGCUGAAAGCAUGGUGUUGUGUGAUAGCUGUGAUCGAGGCUAUCAUAUUUACUGUAUAAGACCAAAGCUCAAGGCUGUUCCUGAUGGAGACUGGUUUUGUCCAGAAUGUCGACCAAAGCAGCGCUCUAGACGUCUCUCAUCCCGACAAAGACCUUCUAUGGAAAGUGAUGAAGAGGCUGAAGAACAGAUUGAAGAGGAGGAAGAUGAAACUAGUUAUGAGGAAAUUGGACAAAGUGAGGAAGAAGACUACGAAGAGGAAGGUGAUGAUAACUCUGAUUCUCAAGAAGAAGCUGAAAAAAGCUUAUCCAAAUCAAGAAAACCUCAGGUAAAACUUUCCUUAAGAACAAGAGCUGCAAAACUUACCACCACCAUCUCAGGUCAGUGUAUCCAGCGGCUGGGUACUGGAAGGUAUAGUUCUCGAAGCCAGCAGAAUGCACCUAAACAAACUGGAUCUUCAUGUAAAGUUACUGGAAAAGGCAUAAGGAAGACAAAGUCUGCUCCUCCCUCGGUAACAAAAACAUCAAGAUUUAAUAGUCGUACUACUCGUCACAGUCAAGGCUUGCUACAAGCAGAAGCAUUUAUAGAGUUAACCAGUCACCGAAGACAACGCAGAGGAAGGAAGACAGCAGAUAAUACUCCAGAUAGCAGCCCUUCCAGUUCUCUUGGCUACAGAAUUGUUGACUCAAGGAAACAGAAAAGCUGUCCAAGUGCUAUAGUAAAAAAUUCUCCUCAAGAUACAGAGCCCAAAAAGCGGGGUAGGAAACGACAAUCUACAGAACCCUCUCAAACGCCAUUGAAUAGGAGGAGUUCAGGACGUCAGGGUGGAGUCCAUGAACUGUCUGCUUUUGAGCAGCUGGUUGUGGAACUGGUGCGUCAUGAUGACAGCUGGCCUUUUAUGAAGCUAGUGUCCAAAAUCCAGGUACCAGACUACUAUGAUAUCAUUAAAAAACCUAUUGCCUUAAAUAUAAUCCGUGAAAAAGUGAACAAAUGUGAAUACAAAUUAGCCUCGGAAUUCAUUGAAGACAUUGAGCUGAUGUUUUCAAACUGCUUUGAGUAUAAUCCCCGGAAUACAAGUGAAGCAAAGGCUGGAACAAGACUGCAGGCGUUUUUCCAUAUUCAGGCUCAAAAGCUUGGACUUCCUAUUACAUCUGGUUACAUGGACCAUGUUGCUCCAGCAGCCAAGAAGUCCCGAAUCUAACUUCUUCCUUCUAAAGGACUUUAAUGAGAGGAAUCCUCUAUAUUUUCAUGGAAAAUGAAACACUUAAAUCAUGCAGCCAUACAAAGCAAUAACAUCUGCCACACCUUGAAAGUGUGGCCUGCACUAUGUUCUCAAUUUAUUAAGCACUCAGGAGAAUGUUGGAAAGAUUACCUUUGCUACAGUUUCGUUCUGUGUCUAAUAACUUUGAUAGAAGUAUAUUGAAUACAGUACUGGUUUACAGUAGUUUUUGUACUUUAAAAUACCAUUUUUGUGUCCAAAUGCCUUCCAGAAAUAUUUUUCUUCAGCACCAGAAGAUAUUGUCAUAUUCUUUAGAUUUUGUAGGAGAUAUGACAUAGUUUUGUGAGGGUUCUACCUAGGCUAAAAUCAUCAUCUGCAACACAGUGGACAAGUGAAAUGUCUGAAGUCACUUAAGCACAAGUUUUUGACACUACGUGAAUGAGUACAAUUUUAUAUUCUUUAAAUUACUGUGCCAGUGCUGGUUGAAAAGAUUCGGUCUGACUUUAUUAAGUAGAUAUUUAUUUAGCAUUCAGAUAAUUUGUGAAUUUGUUUUUGUAUUUAUAAAAUUUUUACUUUGAGGAUAAAGUAUUCUUUAACUUUGUUUUCUUUGUGUUAUGUUUAUACCUUAAUGAUCAGUUAAUUGUCCUCCUUCUACCCGGCAGUUCUUCCAGCAAAAAUAACUUACAUAAAUGUAUGUUUAUUUGUACAACUUUUGAGUGUAAAAAUAAAAUGAAAUGAAACCUUU